AGCGACGACCAAACACCAGUCCCGCAGGGUCUCCCCUUUCCUUUCCUCCCCCCGUUAAUUCCCACGGACGGACGGGCAAGACCCACAGUAGGCAUCUCGUCGCUCACUCCGCCGCCGCCGCCGCUCCGCUCCUCCUCCUACCUCGCCAAUCGCCAUGGAGGAAGCCAAGGGUACGCUCUGCCGCCGUGCAUCAGUUAUUACCUCGCGGGUCAGAUUGUUCGGUGCCCUGCUCAGUUCAGCGCUGCAAGUUCAACUGUCCAAGGGGCCGGAUUUGGAAUUAGAAGCGUAACAAGUCACGGCCGGUCCUGCGUUUCUUAAAUCUGCGUUUGUGAAAUUAGAGCAGAGGAGGCGGCCAUGUACGAGGACUGAAAAAACUUGUCUGUGUUGCUGAGUGCGCUGCACAUGAUAGGGAGCACAAGUUCUUGUCGAUAGCGGUGGAAGAAGCCUACCGAGCAGUCGACCGCGGCCAUGGACGCCCAUUUGGCGCAGUCGUGGUCCGCAACGACAAAGUGGUGGUCAGUUGCCAUAACAUGGUUGUGAAGAACACCGAUGCAACCGCCCAUGCCGAAGUAACUGCAAUAAGAGAGGCUUGCAAGAAGCUCGGCAAGACCGACUUGUCGGACUGCGAAAUGUAUGCUUCCUGCGAACCUUGCCCGAUGUGUUUUGGCGCUGUCCGUCUGUCCCGGAUCAAGAGGCUUGUGUAUGGAGCCACGGCAGAAGCUGCUAUUGCCAUGGGAAGCUGCUACCAGAAUGCUAACCUGGAGAUAAAGCGAGCAGAUGGGAACGAAGCCCUGCUUGCUGAACAAGUGUUUGAGAACACCAAGGGGAAAUUUCAAAUGUACUAACAGUGUGUAGAUAUAGACGGCAUUGAUG